AUGAAAGCGCUCUGUGUAUCGCUGCAUGUUAGUCAUGGGUAUGUUGGAAAUAGAGCGUGUACGUUCCCGCUCCAGUACCAGGGGUGGGACGUGGAUGCAGUGAACACCACAAACUUCUCUAAUCAUCCUGGUUAUGGCAAAAUUGGAGGAAGAGUUGUUGAUCCCGAUGAAGUGCAACAAGUAAUUGAAGGGUUAGGAGGCAUUGUAGAUGUCACUCUGGAGUACGAUAUGGUUAUUAGUGGAUACUGUCCGCGUCCAGAAACCGUGGAAGUCGUGAGAAAGUUAUGUGCUGAGUUAAAGCCGCUGGUUGCCUUGGUGGUCGAUCCUGUUCUUGGCGAUAAUGGAAAAUUAUACGUUCAGGAAACGAUAGUUCCAGAAUAUGAAAGGUUGAUGGUCGAGUGUCCCGUAUCAUUGACUACGCCCAAUCUGUUCGAAUUUGAGUUGCUUUCAAAAUGUAAAGUGAGUUCUUGGAGCGACCUCAAAAGAGCCAUGAAUGCAUUCCAUGAAAAAUUCCAUAUACCCAACGUGGUGAUCCUGUCAAUUGAGAUCGAGGGACAAUUGUACGCGGUGGGAGCCCUGAGAGAGUCACAAUUAAUAAAACAAAAAUUGACGUCUGAUAAUUCCAAUUUACAAGAAUCGGAAGAACGUGAUGGACUUGCAAUAUUUUACUUUCCAAUCGAAAAAUUGGACUGUAACUUCAACGGCAGUGGUGAUGUUUUGACUGCUAUCGUCUCCCACUGCUUUUAUAAAAAUGGGUGCAAAUUAACCCCAGAGACCCUCAGCGAAGCAUUGAUAAAACUAGAACAUAUUCUCAAGAAGAGUAUACAAAUAGAAACCCAUAAAACCGGCAAACAGGUGUCUCAUGUCAAGGACAUCCAGAUCGUUGCACUGCGAGCAGUUCUCGAUAUGAACCCAACAAUGCGUCCGGUAUUCUGGGUACAAUAG